AUGAAGAUGCUGCUUGGCAUCGUGCUGGUCUUGAUCCGCAGCGCGGUGGGCGGCCACGACUGCGGCCACGAUGAGCUCAUGGAGCGCUUCCUCGCCGACGUUGAUACGUCCACGCUGCGCAGCCCGCAGAACCUCGUAUCGUCGAAGAGUCGCCGGCUCGACGCCGAUGGCGUUGCCAGCAGCCUCUUCAAUCCAAUUCGCAUCUCGUUCGACACGUCCAAGCUCUUCAGCGAUCCGGGCUAUCUGUGUUCCAAUGUUGGCGACGUCGUGAGUCGCGACGGGUCGAGCUACACGUGUGCCCCGAACGACGUCUUGACCUCGGACAAGCGCAGCUUCAUCACCAACGUGCUGCUGCCUGCCAUCACAUCGUACUUUUCUAAAGUGCUUUCGGUGCAGUCGGUCUCGGGCAACCUCGUCGUCCCGGGCAUUGGGUGUAGCGCGAACGGGCAGUGGGCUUGCUGUACCAACUCGAUGCCGCCGUACUUGGCGUCGACCGGGAUUGCCAAAACAGACUUUCUCAUUCACGUGACGGCCCGCCCGACGUCCGGCGCCGUCCUCGCGUGGGCGCUGCCGUGCAACCUCGACCAAUACGGCCGCCCGAUCUCAGGUCAAGCCAACUUUGGGCCCAACCGGCUCGAUGCGUCGAGCGCCGCGCGGUCGCAGCAAGUGGGCACGGCGCUGCACGAGUUAACGCACGCGCUGGGUUUUUCGUCGUCGCGGUUCCCGGACUUUCGUCAGCCGCUCAACGGCGCGCCGUGGGGCGCAGGCAACGUCGUGUUCAACACGCUCGAGCGCGGCGUCGCGGUCUCCAAGAUCAUUACGCCCAAGGUCGUCGCCGCCGUCAAGCAGCAGUUCAACUGCUACAACUGGGUCAACGCUGGUGGCGAGCUCGAGAACGGUGCGCAAGGCACGGCGGCCACAACCACGAGCCACUGGGAGAAGCGGAUCUUCCAGAACGAGUACAUGACAGCCACGGCGUCAGCGACCCCCGUGUUUUCAGCGCUAACGUUGGCGCUCUUUGAAGACAGCGGGUGGUAUACGGCCAACUACUCGAUGGCAGAGGCGCUUGCCUGGGGGUAUCUCGAAGGCUGCACAUUCGCCACGGCCAAGUGCUCCGAGUGGAGCAGCGACUACUUUUGCAGGGCCAAGGGCGACCACUGCACGCCGACGCGCGAUGCGAAAGGCUACUGCAACCUUGCGACGUACACGUCGAGUAUUCCGGCGGGGUUUCAAUAUUUCGGCAACGCGGCGCUGGGCGGUCAAGAUACGUAUGCGGAUUAUUGCCCACUCAACUCGGGCUACAGCAACGGCGGCUGCGCCAACCUCGGCACGUAUGUGACGCCGGGCAUGGGCGAGAUCUUGUCGUCGUCGAGUCAGUGCUUCCAGUCAACGCUGUCCACGUCUGGCACCCGGUACAAUGACAGAGUUACAUCGACGCCCGUGUGUUACAGCGUCGACCGAUGCACGAAAACCGCCAUGCUCGUGACCGUCGGCACCACCCAAGUGUCGUGUCCUAUGGCAGGUGGCGCUGUGUCGGUCCCCGGGUACUCGGGCUCGCUGAGUUGCCCCCCGGCCAACACCAUUUGCCAACGGCUCCAAAACGAAUGUUCGGGCGCCGGCGUUCUACAAACCGACGGCUCUUGCGUCUGCCACCCUGGCUUUAACGGCGCCGACUGCUCGCUUCUCAACUGCCCGGCUGCGAAUGGCGCCACGUGUGCUGGCCACGGCACGUGCGACGGCAGCACGGGACAAUGCACCUGCCAGUCGGGAUACACCGGGCUAGCUUGCUCGCUCCUCGUGUGCCCCGGUAUCGACGACCCCAAGUACAACGCGGUCGAGUGCUCCAACCACGGAACAUGCAAUGCAGUUACUGGCGCAUGCACGUGCAACGCGGGAUACUCGGGCAAUGCGUGCGAAUGUGUCCCGGGCUGCCCGGGCUGCGGCGCCAACGGCAGCUGCGAUUGCAAAACAGGGUCGUGCAUCUGUGCCGCUGGGUACUAUGGCACGUCGUGUCAAACCAGCCAAAUGCCCACGGUGACGACGCUCGAGCUCGCGAACGCAACCGCGUACAUGGGCUCUGUGGCCGCCAAGAGCUAUCAAUUCUUCCGGGUUCAGCUCGACUCGAGCUCGUCCGACGUCACUGUGCGCGUCGUCACGACCGUUGGCGACGCGGAUGUCUAUGCUUCGUUUGUGACGCAAACACCAACUGUCGGCAGCUUGCGCGCGUCGACGUUUGUGAGCGAUGCCAACCGCACCGACGGCGUCGACGCCAUCACGCUCUGCGGGUCGCUCGGCGUCUUUCCGCGGGGCAUCAACGACACGUUUCACUUUUGCCGCCAGCCCAACACGCAGUUUGUCCAGGGUGCCCCGGGGUAUCUCUACAUUGGCGUGUUUGGGUUUGCGGCCUCGCGCUUUGCGAUCAAUGUCAAGCUCAACAAGUGCUCGAGCGAGAGCUGUUCCAACCAUGGCACGUGCGGCAAGUAUUACGCCGGCGUGUGCGCAUGCGAUCGGUACUGGACGGGCGAUGCGUGCAACUUGCCCCAGUGCCGACCGGACUGCAUCGACUUUGACAAUUGCCCGGUACCCGGAUCCUCGACGCCGGUGGGUGUUGUCUCGAGAGGGCUCCGCAAUACGUCCGACUGCUUUGGCAACGGCGUCUGUACGGUCUUGCCCAAUGCGGAUGGCGUCGACCAGCCGACCUGCGUCUGUGACCCGGCGUACCACUACGACCGCCCGAAUGACGCGCAGAGUCUCUGCAAGGUCCCGAUUCCUUCCAUUUCGUUCGUCGAGCACUACAACAGCUCGUUUGUGGUCUAUGCGCAGUCCUUGGACGAGCAGGUCGAGAUUGGGAAAUGGGCCUUGUAUACGAUCAACGUGCAGCCCAGCUGGAGUUAUGUCUACGUCCAGCUCGACGAUGUCUCGGUCACGAGCGACGCCCUCGUGCUCGUGCGAAAAAACACACUGCCGUCGCUCGACGUGACGCACCCGUACCCGAUCCAAGCGGCCGAUGGGGCGGCGUGGGCAACGCAAGCCGGCACGCAGCGCAUCUUGCUGACGCGCGCCGCAUCGACGCUCAGCGACGGUCUUCUCUACGUUGGCGUUUACAACUCGCUCUAUGCGCGAAGCUCGCUGGCUUUUUCGCUCAACGUCCAAGCCAACAGCAGCUGCGUGAACGCUUCGCGCAUAUGCCCCGAGGCAACAUCGACGUGCUCGCCCGCGCUUGAUGGUCUCUGUGCGUGUGCGACCGGCUACGGCGGGGCGUUCUGCGACCGCGGACCCAUUGCCCACCGUCGUGUGUGGCACAAUGCAUCCGCCGCCAUCAAUAUCUCGGUCCAACUCCGUCCUGGCCAGUGGACGUAUCUCACACUGGACGUGCCGGAUCCCGACGUCACGUUCAUCAAGGUGCAGCUCAGCAACAUUGACGAUGCGAUGCCGCUGCUGCUGGUGCGCGGACCGCUCGAAACCGGCUUACCGGCGCUCGACCUUGGCGCGGCGUUUGAUUUUGAUGCGAUGGCCGCCAGUGCUAUGUCUCAGACAGUGGUGGUGCCCGUCUCGACAGCGUGCAGCGGACCCACGUGCUACAAGGUUGCGGUUUACAACAAGCGGUUUGCUGCCGAUAUCCUACUCGCACAGCUCUCGGUGCAGCCCGUCACCGCCGUCUCCGAAGUGUACCCGUCCUAUACAUGUGGCGGCAACGGCGAUGUGACCAUUUGCGGCGGCCGAGGGACGUGCCUCGACAGCAAAGACGGUCCGAGCUGCAGCUGCAAGAACGGCUGGCAUGGACUCACGUGCGCCAGCCCCAACCCGAUUGAUAUGGGCACGCUGUGGUAUGCGUCCGAGAAUGCAUCGUUGCUCUGCAGCGUGUGUACGGCAACCUUUUCCCUGCCCAACGAUGGCGGUGCUCUCUUUACGCUGCCGCAGUCGAUGCAGCCCAACACGGGCAUUCAGCUGCGCGUCACCAACCUCGACGGCGUUUCUCCCACCGUCUACGUGGCCGAGGUCCCACCGCGGUCGAUCUAUGACUUUAGCCGCGUCUCGUUUUCAGAGGGGACGGAGGAAGUCGUCCAGCUGCUCAACGAACCGCUUUCGGGCCAGUUUUGGGUCCUCGUGUAUUCCGAGGCGCCCAUCACAAUGAGUACAAGCAACGCGAGUGUCUCGUCGCGCUUCCAGAUUGCGGCGUCGCUCGUUGCACGCAACGGCAGCAGCAGCGCGACGGCGUCGAUCACCGACACCGGCUUCUUGCCGUCCGUCAUGCAGUGGCUCACGACGUCGUCGGCGGGCAUCACGGUCUUUACGAUUCUGCUCAUCUUCUUGACGCUUGUCGUUGGGUUCUUCGUGUACCGCAUCUUCCGGUCGCCCGACAACCAAGACGGCGCGAUUCGGAGCAUUGCACACGACAUUCCUGUGUCGAAUCGCCCCGUGAUGCCGAGCCCCGCGACCGAAGCCCCCGAUUCGCCCCUGCGCAACGCCGGGCGCAGUGAGUCGGCGUCGGAUAAUGGCCGCCGCCGGUCGAUCGACAUUGAGCUUGCCGAGCAUCCCCACGUCAUGCAGCUGUAGACAGUGGGGCCAGUAUAUUGUGCAUGUCGGAACCUAGGACUUAUAACGCUGUUUCUG